CUCCCCCUCCGGGCCCGCCCCUCGCCCGGGGCCGCGGAGCUCACAGUCGGCCGCCACCACCUCAGCCGCGCGGAGCUGGCGGAGCCCCCAGCCCUGCACGCCCGUCCCCGGCCGCCGGGCAGCCCUGCACGCCCACCCCCGGCCGUCCGACGCCCGCCCGCGGCCCGCAGCCCUGCUCGCCCGCCCCCAGCCGCCUCCGCCGCCGCCGCCGCCGGCGCGCCCGGUUCCUCCAUGAGCUCCGAUUUCCCACAUUACAACUUCAGAAUGCCUAACAUCGGCUUCCAGAACCUUCCUCUCAACAUCUACAUCGUGGUGUUCGGCACUGCUAUAUUUGUCUUCAUCCUCAGUUUACUGUUCUGCUGCUACUUGAUUAGGCUAAGACAUCAAGCACACAAAGAAUUUUAUGCCUAUAAACAGGUUAUAUUAAAAGAGAAAGUUAAAGAAUUGAAUUUACAUGAGCUCUGUGCGGUAUGUCUAGAAGACUUCAAGCCUCGAGAUGAGCUGGGGAUCUGCCCGUGUAAGCAUGCCUUCCACAGAAAGUGCCUUAUUAAGUGGCUGGAGGUUCGGAAAGUGUGUCCCCUGUGCAACAUGCCGGUCUUGCAGUUGGCCCAGCUGCACAGUAAGCAGGACCGUGGUCCUCCCCAGGGGCCCCUGCCUGGGGCAGAGAACAUUGUAUAGCACAGUCUGCUGGGAUGUGACGUCUGCGUGGAUCCAGGAGGAACACCGGCGGGGUCUGUCUUGGUUGCUCUUUACCUGAGGUACCGGCUGCCACUUCCUUUGCCUCAUGAAGAACUCUUGGGCCAGCCACGCUGGGAGCCCAGACAUCUGGAUCUUGUGACAACCAAAGCACUCUGAUACUACUCCAUGCCAAGAGGAGAGGAGUGGGCGAACCUGCAGGUUUGGUUCAAGAAACUUUGUGAGGGUCUCUCGUUAACGCCAUUAUACUGUCUCUCAAGGUACUCCUCUCCCUGCCAAGGUGAUGCUGUUUAUCAAGCAGAGGAAAGAUAAACUCAGUAUUAAAGGGAACUGAGGGUGGGGCUGUGCCUCGGGGAGAACCAUGCAUGCCUCUGCAGCACUGAGUUCCCCUGGCAGUCUGGGC